AUGGCGCCAGACACUACCCUGUCCAUCCGGAGUGGAAGACCCGAGACCCCCAAGAAGAGCUCGAAGACCAACAAAGAACGGAGUAAACGCUGUCGGAGUGAGCAUAGCAAGACAGAAGGAUGCGGGAGGGUCCUGCUGGCUGAAACCAUCGGCCGGGCAUUAUAUCACGGCCACGCUGGCCUUACACAGGACGUCAACCAUAUUCCUCACGAUCUAUUCGAAUGCCUUGAGACCCCUGUUCAAGGGAGUUCAUCGACAUGGCUAUCAGUUCCCAGUCACGACGGUCGCUCCAGUGGCAGCACACGCAGUAGUACGAGGACAUCCGACGACACCCUCUCCGCUAGAUCCUAUGACACCUUACCCACCGGCUCUAGUUGCAUCAGCGAAGAGGAUGCGCAUAGCCAACAAAACUGCUCCAUCAACGCCAGCCGAAAAUCCCUUCCCUAUAAACGCAUCGUCAUCUCGGACGGACUGCCUUCCGUCGACGAGGUGGAACGACUGGCGACUCAAUAUGGUCAAGCCUCACAUAUGGGACUGCUCGACCCCAGCUACAGCAUCUUUCUAAAUGGAGAUCGAACCGCAGGUUUAUGUUUCAAGGUCCUGAACAAGGUCGCGAUAGUGAUGGGCGAUCCUAUGUGCGACCCAAGUCAGAUAUCCAGCGUGCUUGACGAGUUCAAUCGGUACCGACGUCGACAACGCUGGGAUAUCUCAUUCCUCGGCGCCGGUGAGGCGCUUGUGAGCUAUACCAGAGCACGUAACAAGAAAUGGACGGUCUUGCAGUUUGGUAAAGAGCGGGUCUUGAACCCUCUGACAAACGAGGUUAUACUCGAGACCAGCGGAAAGCGUAUUCUGACUCAGAACCGACAGCUCCUCAAUCCAAGCAAAGGCGGCAUUACCUUGCAUAUUUAUACACCGUCCUUGGAAACGGAUUACGAGUUGGAGACCGAGUUGUGCGCAAUCUAUGAUGAGUGGCGCAUAGCCCGCAACAAGUCGGGAAAACUUCAAGCCUUCAUUACUGAGUAUGAUCCCUUCCUAAUGCCGAACCUCAUGACAUACAUUUAUACUCGGGGGCAAAACGGAAAGGUGAACGGUUUUGCAGCCCUACGAUGGAUCGGUGGGAAGAAUGGAUAUCACGUCGAUCCGUGUAUCGCUGCCCCUGGAGCGCCAAAGGGGAUUAGUGAUCUGUUAAUAUUCGCCUCAAUGGCUUGGCUGAGGCAGAUUGGCAUCUCACACCUUAGCUUUGGCUAUGAGCCUUCCGACUCGCUGGCAGAGGUGUCAGGAAUGCCCAGUCCUCUCGCACAUCUAACCCGCCAAAUAUAUCGAUAUACAUUCCAGCGACUACCGAUCGGCGGAAAGAAGACAUAUUUCGACAAGUUCAGGCCGGAUGAGGAGCAGGAUUCACCUCUCUAUCUUAUAUUUCCAUCGAAGAUCCCAGAACCACGACCGAUCAUUGCUAUGGCUCAUGUUGCUAAUAUCAGUAUCCGGAAACUGCUAUUCGAUCACCGUUCCAAGCCUUCGGUCCCGCAAUGA